AUGGAUAGCGGCAGCAACAUGGAAUCCAAGGCGGCGGCGUCAGGCGACGAGGCCAUGACAUCGCCCGGGCCGGACUCGGCGGCGGCAGCAGGCGGGGCUGGAGAGGAAGAGGUGGCUGGAGAGGAGGCGGCCGCGUCGCCACCGGCUCCAGCUGCUGCCAGCCCGAGGCCGUACUACGAGUGCGUCUUCUGCAAGCGCGGGUUCACCACGGCGCAGGCGCUCGGCGGCCACAUGAACAUCCACCGCCGGGACCGCGCGAAGCCGCCGGCCCGCGACUCGCCCACCGGCAUAACGUCCGUGUCCCGGAACGUCGAGUGCUACAACAAGUACCGCCACUUGGUAUCGCCGUAUCCUCCGGCACAGUCGAGUUCGAUUCCGGUCGGUGCCGGCAGCAGCUUCGGCAUGUACUACGUGAGCUCCGGCGCUGAGGCGGCGGCCGGAGCUAGGCUGGACGCCGAGGGCGGGAGCCCUAGCAGCGUGAGCCCCAGGGAGCUUAGCCUGUUCGGUGAGGCCAAUCGUGAUCAAGACUUGCACCUGGGCCUCGGCCGCCAGGGGCACAUCGGCGGCGGAUCGCGCACGCCGGAGGGCGGGUCGGAGCGGCAGCAGUCCAGCGAGCCGGAGAGGGAGCUGGACCUGGAGCUCAGGCUUGGGCGUCGUCCCAGGCAUUGA